UAAACCGCACGGCCCCAAAACGCACCGACUCGCACAUUGAGACUUUUACCAGCAAGAGAGAGAGAGGGAGAGCAAAAAUGGGGAGCAGAGAAGGUAUGGAGAGCAUAGCAGAGAGGCUAUCGAGGGAGGAGAACCUGUACUUCCCUAAGGCGCUUCAAGCCGACACCAAAGACUCCUCUCAACGCAAGGCCAUCCUUCUUGACCUCCUUUCCCGAGACAUCGCGCUCUUCUUAGAAAGAUAUGGGUCACAACUAACAUAUGAUGAGCUUCGGGAGUUCGACGCACUUAAAGACGAUUAUGAGAUCAAUUGGCACUUGAAGCACCUCAGAAGCAUAAUGAGUCCAACAUUGGAUGAGUUGAAGUCAAGGUCGGUGACUGUGAAGAACCGGAGACGUGCCUACUUGAAUAAACUGAUACAUGAUGGGCAUUAUUUCUCAGAGGAUGCAAUGAGGGAAAGAGAUCCUUAUUUACAUCACGAAUAUGUAGGUAAAUAUCAGGAUCCAAUUGGUAGAAGCAUGGCAAGGCCAGGGGAGCGGUGGUCAGAGACAUUGAUGCGGAGAUCAGAGGAAGCAUUUUUGGUUGCAAAGAUUAGAAGGGAGCAACAGAGGUUAGGUGUGGAUGAGAGGGACUGGAUUGGUAAUGAUAGAAAUCCAGGAGAAGAGCAACAAGAAGAAGAGGAGGAGGAGGAGGAAGAAGAAGAAGAAGAAGAAGAGGAAAAAGAAGAAGAAGAGGAGAAGGAAGAGGAGGAUGAAGAAGAAGCUAAGAAGGCUAAUGGGGCUACACAUUCUACAGAGAUGGCUUUGGAUCAUCAUGAUGCAACCAACGGUGUCCACUCCACUACAGCAAGAGGCAGUGAAGAUGCAACUUUGUCUGCGGUGGAGAUGCAAGAUCAGAUGGACCAAUUCACCCACAUCAUGCAGCAGAAAUUUCUUUUGGGGGAAGAUUAUGAGCAUUUAGAUUAUUCUAAAAUUGACAAUGACCAGACCUUGGAUGAUCACUGGCAGAGGGAAGCCAACCAUGAUGCUGAGGAAAAGUAUUUUGCUGAAGAUUGAGGAGAGUGGAAGCUGCUUUCACUUUGACUUGUCUAUUAUAAUCUUUGUUUGCUAGUAACUAGCUUCUACUUAUAUAUGUAAUCUAGUGUCUCUCUUUUGUGUAAUGAAAUGGGACCAGCAGCUUGUUUUAGUUGCUUGCUGUGUUCUGCUAUUAGACUUUCACUAAGCCCUUAAAAUCUCAAGAAUGGGAGUGACGGUUACCGUUA